ACAGUCUAACUUUCAGUUGCAUCCAAGCAGCUACUUUUCAAAAAAUGAAAAUCGCCAUUGCCAUUUUAUUGGCAGGCUGCGCCUGCCUUGUCGCGGCACUAAAGCCAGUACCAGGAAAAACACCAGAAGGAAAUUUUUCAGCUGAGGAAAUCUCAACAGAUGCAGCUCCAGCCGAGGAAACAGAAGCAGAAAUUGGUACUCGCGGUCCAGCCCGUGGUGGUCCUCCUCGUGGUGGUCCGCCCCGUGGUGGCCCUCCUCGUGGUGGUCCGCCGCGUGGUGGCCCUCCUCGUGGUGGCCCACCUCGUGGUGGCCCUGGCUUUGACGAUAGAAGAUUGAGAGAACUCUUGAGGGACAAUGCUAAGAGUCUGGAUAAAACCAAUCUUUCUCUUCGUAGCAUUGACUCUGUAAAUAACCAAAUAAAGGCAAAUUUGGCUCAACAAAAGGAUGCAAUUAGAACCAUUAACAAAAUCGAGGAAGAGCUGGCAAAUCAGCGUGCUUUGGUCAAGGAACAAUCAGAAGGGGUGAUCACUUCCCUUUCUAAUAUUACGCACAAGGUUGGCCACGUAAUCAUUACCCGUAAAAUCCAAAUUGAGAACUUGGCUCGCCUGCAGUCCGAAACGAAAGAUUUGAUCAGUAGUUUGGAGAAAAAACUUGAGGCUAAUCUUAAACACGUUAUUAUUAGCGCAAAAACAAUUGAUAGUAGCAUUCUGGAACUGACAAAACUUAUCACACGCGCAGUAAUGCCAAAAUUGAACGGCCUCCAAUGCACCUUUGAUAGCCUCGAGACAUCACAGGUCAACAUUGAGGUGGACUUGAAGAAUCUGGCAAGUGUGAAGAAUCUCGCCGAGAACUCGAACAUCAAAAUUAUCGGCUUGGAAGGUCAGCUGCGUAGCUUAAAUCAGACUCAGGACGAGCGACUUAACGGACUGUCCAGCGCGGUCAGGCGUUUGACUCCGAUUAAGACAUGGGAAAUUGAACAAGCUCUGCGCGAUCUCAUAAUCUCACAGAAACGCGUCGAAUUGGAUUUAGAGGCAUGCGACAAACGCCCACCUUCACGUCUGCCAGGACUGAAACCGCCAAAACGCGAAGAACCCCAACGCCCAGGUCGCAAGGACAAACCAAAGAAGGGCCGUAAGCCAAGUCGCAAGUCUUCCCCACGCCGCCCACGUCCUGACAACUGCGAAGAGGAGGACUCAAAAAAGGGACCCAAGCCAGGUCGCAAGCCAUACGCUCGACGGGACAGCAGCGAAGAGGAAGACUCCAAAAAGGGACCCAAACCUGGUCGCAAGCCACACCCACGACGUGACAGCAGUGAAGAGGAGGGACCCAAGAAGGGACCCAAGCCAGGCCGCAGACCAAGCCCACGACGUGACAGCAGUGAAGAGGAGGACUCCAAAAAGGGACCCAAACCUGGUCGCAAGCCACACACACGACGUGACAGCAGUGAAGAGGAGGGACCCAAGAAGGGACUCAAGCCAGGUCGCAGACCAAGCCCACGACGAGACAGCAGUGAAGAGGAGGGACCCAAACCAGGUCGCAAGCCAUACCCACGACGUGACAGCAGUGAAGAGGAGGGACCCAAAAAGGGCCCCAAGCCAGGUCGCAGACCAAGCCCACGACGUGACAGCAGUGAAGAGGAGGGACCCAAACCAGGUCGCAAGCCACACCCACGACGUGACAGCAGUGAAGAGGAGGGACCAAAAAAGGGCCCCAAGCCAGGUCGCAGACCAAGCCCACGACGUGACAGUGAAGAGGAGGGAUCCAAGAAGGGAGGAAAGCCAGCAUGGAAGCCCACACCACAUCCCAACUGUGAUAAGGAUGAUACACCUCAUAAGGGGCGCCAGCCAGGCCAUAAACCCUCCCCACACCGCCCACGCCCCGACAGCGAUGAAGAUAAAAAGCCAAAAAUAGAUGGAUACCCAAAGUCAUAUUACGCCAGUGUUUCUAAGUCUGGUAAAGGCAUUUCAGCCCACGCUGUGUCUUGGCAAGAGCCUCUACCCUGGGAAGCUGUUCCCCUAUAUCGAUCAGCCCCAGCCCCAAAACCAAAGCACCCUCGCGGUGAGGAAGUGAUCUGGUACGGAGCUCCCCCAUUUUAAUGGAAUGGAACUGACAGCUGAAGGAGCCAGCCACUAAACUAAAAGUUAAUACUACGAAUGAAUAGAAAAAUUACCCUUACGAACCACAUCUCUAGAAAAAAUUCACCUCCAUCAACUAAAAUAUUAUUUUAACUCAAAUACAAAACAACAAUUUAAAAACAUA